GUUGAGGCAGACCCUGAGCUGGGGCAGGCCAUCCUGCCCCCACAUUCCCCAGGUCUCAUGAAGGACCUUUUUUAUUCAUGUGAGCUUUCUGCUGUGUUCCAGGUUGAGGCAGACCCUGAGCUGGGGACUGAGCAGGAAGUAUUCGCUGCUGUGGAAGGUCCUAGCACCGAGGAGAUGCCUUCAGACACAAAGUCUCCAAAAGUCUUGGAAACACAGAUGGAUGCCCACCAGGGGCUGCUGGGGAUGGACCACCCAGGUGAGAUGGUGGACUUUGUGGUGGCUGAGAGCACUGAGGACCUUAAGGCCCUGAGCAGUGAGGAGGAAGAGGAAAUGGGGGCUGUCCCGGAGCCUGAGAGCCUCCUGCCCCCCUCUGUGCUGGACCAGGCCAGCGUCAUUGCUGAACGGUUCGUCAGCAGCUUCUCUCGGCGGAGCAGCUUGGCACUGGAGGAUGGCAAGUCCGGUGGCUUUGGGACCCCGCUGCGGGUCAGUCGGAGUAGUAGUGUGCUCAGCCUGGAGGGCAGUGAGAAAGGCCCAGCCUGGCCCGGCAGCACCACAGACUCCCUCAGCAUUCAGCUCCCCCCAGAAGUGGACAUCAGCAUGGGGGUGGCCACAGAGAGUGGCCCUUCUGUUAAUGGGACAGAGCCCCCAAGCCCAGGCUGCCUGGUGGAGCCCAACAGGUCUUCCUGCAAGAAGAAGGAAUCUCUGCUCUCCACCCGAGACCGGCAGUUACUGGACAAAAUUAAGAGCUACUAUGAAAACGCAGAACACCAUGAUGCAGGCUUUAGUGUCCGGCGCCGGGAGAGCCUCUCCUACAUCCCCAAGGGACUGGUGAGAAACUCGGUCUCCAGGUUCAACAGCCUGCCCAGGCCAGACCCGGAGCCGAAGGCUCCAGUGGAGCACAAGAGACAGGUGGGCUCCCGGCCAGCUUCGUGGGCCCUGUUUGACCUCCCAGGACCACGCCAGGCAGACCCAGGGGACCCAGCUCCCAUCACAGAUGCUGAGUUCCGCCCUUCUUCGGAAAUUGUGAAGAUCUGGGAGGGAAUGGAGUCUUCUGGGGGAAGCCCUCGGAAGGGGCCAGGUCAAGGCCAGGCCAAUGGCUUUGACCUGCAUGAGCCACUCUUCAUCCUGGAGGAUCACGAGCUGGGGGCCAUCACAGAGGAGUCGGCCACCGCCUCCCCAGAAAGCGCCUCCCCCACCGAGCGGCCCAGCCCAGCCCACCUGGCCCGGGAGCUGAAAGAGCUGGUAAAGGAGCUGAGCAGCGGUGCCCAGGGGGAGCUGGUGGCCCCGCUGCACCCCCGCAUCGUGCAGCUCUCCCACGUGAUGGACAGCCAUGUGAGUGAGCGCGUCAAGAACAGGGUCUACCAGCUGGCCCGCCAAUACAGCCUCCGCAUCAAGAGCAACAAGUCGGGGAUGGCCAGGCCACCACUGCAGUGGGAAAAGGAGGCUCCCGAGAGGGACCGGAAGAGCCUUACCACUCCCUGCCUACAGGAGGCUGGAGAGCCACCAAGUGGCAAAGGCAGGAGAAAGCCAGUGCUGUCCCUCCUCACCUAUGAGCAGCUGAUGGUCCAGGAGCACAGCCCCCAUAAGCUCUCCUCAGCUGGGGACAUCUCGCCACGGCGUUUCUCCUUUAGCCCUUCUGCUACCAGCCCGAGGACCACCUCGCCUGGGGCCCGGUCCCGCACCCGAAGUCCGCUCAGCCCCCUUGACACUGAGACCUUCAACUGGCCUGACGUCCGGGAGCUCUGCUCCAAGUACGCCUCCCAGGAUGAGGUGCUGCCGGCCAAGGCCAGCCGGCCCCGUGGCCCACCUGUCAAUCGGAGCCGCUCGGUGCCUGAGAACAUGGUGGAGCCUCCUCUUUCAGGCAGGGUGAGCCGCUGCUGCAGCCUGAGCACCAAAAGGGGCCAGGGAGGCAGAGAGGCUGCACAGCCCCAGCCUCCCGGGUCGCUGCCCCAAAGCGGGCUGGUCGGAGGCGAGACCCUGUAUGUCACUGCAGACCUCACCCUGGAGGAUGACCGGCGGGUGAUCAUCAUGGAGAAGAGGCCUCUGCCAGGCCCCACAGUGGGGCUGGAGGAGAAGGGCAGUGGGCAGGGACCAGGCUUGCAGGAGGCCCUGGCUGGGCAAAGCCAAGAUUCCCAGGAGUCUUCAGAAUUUCGGCUGAAGGAAGAGGGUCCCAAGGACCCAGCAGACCUGAGCCAGCAGGGCAGAGUGAGAAACCUGAGGGACAGGUUCCAGACCUUGAACUCUAUAGGUUGACUCUGCCUCCUGGGGGAAGGAUGAGCCAUGUUGGGGGAUGAGGAGGAGCCCGGCCUAGCUCCCCAAAACUUGGGCUCAUGUGACCCUUUGCCCGAGGCCCUCAGGAAGGCCACUCCCACUCUCCUGGAAGAAUGCUCCACUGUGCAGGUGGACUCACCUGCCUGUGUCAUGUGCUGGCACUCCCCUGGGGCUUGUGACAAUUUUAUGUAGGCCCAGAUGAGCCCCUCUUCUCCUCUGAGGCCAGUGUGGCCACUUUCCUUGUAAAUAGUUCUUUUCUGGUAAGAAGCCAAAUAUUUAAGCUCACCUCUUCCCAGGGGGAGCAAGCACUGCUCAGGCCUCCAGCACUGGGUGGCCACUGCCAGACUGAGUGGCCCACCCCGGGAGACGCGUGGAGUGGCCUGGGGAGGCUUUGCUCUUGAACUGUGCCUUUUCUUAGGCUCCAGGCAGGAACAAGGCUGAUAAUUUAUUGCUUUCCAUUCUGUGGUGUGUGUGUGUGUGUGUGUGUGUGCGCGUGCGUGUGAGUAUGUGUCCUCCUGUUGUUCCCCUCCCAGGAAGAAUGCGAUGGACCGAGUUCAGGUACUUUUUAGGGUUGCCUUGCUGACCCUGUGGUUGUCGCUAAUGUACACACAUUUCAUUAUUUGCCCAUGGUGCAAUAACCACUGCUGACCAACUGA